AGUUGCAAAUACGUAUCUUUUUAGUUGAUCAAUCUAAAAGCAGGUGCAAAAUGUUAUGGAGUUUUCCGAAAUUAACUUCAUAUCCAUUCUUCAACGUAACCCGAAGGCUAUCGACUAAAAGUUCACCUAAAAAUGAGCCAAAAUACACCCAUACGAUCAACCUGCCGAAAACCAAAUUCCCUGCUCGUUUGACCGGUGUGAAACGAAAUGAGGUGCAUGAGCAACUGCGGCAGACGCGUUUUAGCAAACUCUACGAAUGGCAAAGGAAUUCACUACCAAACGGAGGAGAAUUUACUUUACACGACGGUCCUCCUUACGCCAACGGCGAUCUACACAUGGGCCAUGCAGUUAAUAAGAUACUAAAGGAUUUGAUCCUAAGGCAUAAAAUUGUUUCCGGUACAAAGGUUCAUUACGUACCGGGUUGGGAUUGCCACGGGUUACCAAUUGAGCUUAAGGCUCUGGAUGCAUACAGCAAAAGUGCGAAAAGCAAAAACCUAAAGGAACAGCUGAACGCUUCGAAGAUUCGCCGACUUGCUAGGAGUUUUGCAUUGGAGACGAUCGACACGCAGCGAACAGAGUUUGAGCAGUGGGGCGUGACCGCAGAUUGGUCGGAGAGCCGUUCUUGGUAUCGAACAUUAGAUCCAGGCUAUAUAAAAGUACAGUUGAAACUGUUUCAGGAGCUAUUCGAGAAGGGUCUUAUUUAUAGGGACUUGAAGCCGGUUUUCUGGUCUCCUUCGUCGCGAUCUGCGUUAGCUGAGGCAGAGCUGGAAUACGAUGAGGCGCAUAAAAGUCCUUCUCUGUAUUUGCGGUUUAAUAUAUGCGGUGCCAACGACUGUAAAGAGAUUCGGACGAGGCUAGAAUCUGGCGAGCCAAUUGCGGCUGCUAUUUGGACGACAACUCCUUGGACAUUGCCCGCAAAUCAAGCCGUUUGUUACAAUCCUAAUUUACGCUACUGUUUAGUUCGCUGUGGCGAUGUGAAAAAUACACUUUUGCUCACAGGGUCUGAUCUCGUACCAUAUCUUUCGGAACAAUUUGGUGCUCCACUACAAAAAGUAGUAGAAAUUGCUGGCAGUGAGCUUGGCUGUGUAAAAUACGAGCAUCCGAUCGAUGGGUCGGAGUUACCUUUCCUACCCGCUGGCCACGUAAAAGCUGAGAAAGGAACCGGCCUAGUGCAUACCGCACCCGCUCAUGGGCCAGACGAUUUUCUAGUUUUCCUAGAGCGGAGGUUACCUAUCAAGUCACUUAUCGACGAGUCUGGUUGUUAUAACGUUCUAAGUCCGGAAUUUCUGCAAGGAAAAUUUGCACUUACUGAAGGCAAUCAGUUGGUUUUGGAACGACUUCAAGAGCAAACCAUAGCAUGUGGAACUAUUGAGCAUUCCUAUCCGAUAGACUGGCGUACCAAGCAGCCAGUGAUGCUACGAGCAAGCGAACAAUGGUUUAUCGACACCAAUAAGUUGAAAGAACCGGCUCUGGCUGCCGUAGAAGAGAUUCGAAUAUUUCCACGUACAUCAGCCGAAGUUAGUAAGAAAGUAUUGAACGGACAGUUGCAGAAACGGCCGUAUUGGUGUAUUUCCAGGCAACGCGCUUGGGGUGUACCGAUUCCCGUAUUUUACGAUAAAAAGUGUUCGAAACCGAUUAUUCAUUCCGGUAUAAUAGAACACUUAGUUGAGAAGCUCGAGAAAACAGGCAACAUGGAUUUCUGGUGGACUGCAGAAAUAGGCGAAUUAGUCCCCGAUCGUGUGCUCGCUGCGUUGAACUUAGCAUCAGAGGAUCUAACUAAAGGCGAGGAUAUAUUGGACAUUUGGUUCGAUUCUGGCAUUUCGUGGCUAAGCGUGCUGGGUAGAGAACGGACUGCUGAUUUAUAUUUAGAAGGGCUUGAUCAGUUUACCGGCUGGUUUCAAUCGUCGCUACUGACUAGUGUCGCCACGAGAGGAGCGAGUCCAUAUCGUACGAUUUUCGUGCAUGGCUUUGCAGUAGAUGAGAACGGUAUGAAGAUGUCCAAAUCACUCGGUAAUAUUAUUCAACCGAAGGAAAUUGUCAACCAGUAUGGUUGCGAUACACUCCGCUGGUGGGUUGCUGCCCAUGCUAUUCAGAAUACGUCCAUUCCGGUUAGCCAUAAAUUGCUCAGUUCGUCUGGCGAAAGUGUUCAGAAAAUUCGAGGGAUUUUAAGAUUUCUACUGGGGGUUGUGCCAGAUCUGGACGUAGAAACUAAACUAACCGAGUCUAAUUUAAAACUUGUGGACAAGUACUUCUUGCAGCAGUUGCAACAAUUGCACGAUACUGUGUUCACGCUUUAUGAAUCCUACCAAUAUAACAAAGCUUCUGCGAGCACUCUUACCUUCUGUGUGUCAACUUUAUCUGGGUUUUAUUUGCACUUAAUCAAGGAUCGUCUCUACUGUGGUACACACGAACAGUACCGCAAUCUGCAGGGCAUUCUGGGUCAAACGUUCGAGACACUAUGCAAGAUACUGUGGCCAAUUGUUCCCUUCCUGGUAGAAGAGAGUUGGUCCUAUAGAGCGCAAACGCCAUUCUUUGAAUUUUCUCAACGAAUGGCUUCAGCAAACAGACUAGAAGACUCUCCGCACACGGCGGUCAUCAUAGAACAAGUGCUGGAUCUCAAAGGACUCAUUUUUCGUCAGCAACAGCAGCAACAAUUGGAUGCGAACCCAUGGUUACUUGCGGUAGAUGCAGAUGUGCCCAUUUCCGUUAUGCAACUAUUGCAAACAUUGCAGCCAGUUGAUUCGGGUAAAUCUUGCGCUGAUUCGGAUCUAUGCGAAAUUCUACAGGUUGGAGCGGUAUGUCUGCGAGAGGUUCCAGCGGAGAGUGUUACUGUGACGAUCAGAAAACUGGAAGCGACACUUUGUCCACGCUGCAGACGAUUCAUUGCAACCGAACACGUCUGUCAACGGUGUAGUGAAAUAUUGAAGACGAAAUUUUCUUCGUAAAAUAUUUUGGAUUGUAUGACAUUUGCCCGAAAACCACUUGCCAGAAAAUUAUUUGCCAGAAAUUUUUUGCCAGAAUGAACCAGUUCCCAGAAAACCCUUCCCCAGAACGAACCAUUUCCCAGAAAACCAUUCCCCAGAAUGAACCAUUUCCCAGAAAACCAUUCCCCAGAAUGGACCAUUUCCCAGAAAAUUAUACUCUGUCUCCAAGGAAACUUCACCAGAAUGGACCAUACCCCAAAAUACAUGUAUUUGCAUGAGCUUACGAGAAAUUUGAAACAAUGAAGCGUUUUAUUGAUUCUUGACUCUUUUUUUGUAUGUCAAGGGCAUUGGGUUAAAAGGCCACUGCGACAGUCUUAAUUAUCGUCUUUUAUGGCAGGCCCCGAUUGCUGUACACAGUUUACGUACCGCUCAUAGCCAUUGAUGGAGUUGAGCGGGAUAGUUGUAAUCCUGUGCCCCAAUUUGGUACUACGUGGUUUAUAAAGCCAAUGACCGUUUUGGGAUUAAGGCUCCAUACGUGAUAUGGUAUGGAGUAAGAAGGAAACUUCCGAAGAAGAGUACAUUGUUUCCGCAAGUUCCUUUAGUUUUACCGUGAAUAUGCGGAAACAAGACGUGUGAUGUGUGUCAUGGAUCAAGUGUAUGAUAAAUACUUGAAACAAAAAUGUUUCUUGCUGUCUAGUUUUCGAAUAAUUUCCUAUUAACAGUUUCCCUAAAAUCAGCUUGUAGUAAUUUGGGUUUAACUAAUACUGUUCGGAAACUGCGACAGCAUGUUCGGCCUACUUAUUGAGUAUAUGCUGUCCUUACUCGCUAUCGCUCGUUCGGACUCAACUAAGGGAUAGCCCCUACUAGUCAGUAAACCUAGGAAAAUGCUUGCACCUAAAUUGAGGUGAUCUCUGCGGGGGGGCUGCCCCCCCGCAGUGGCCGGCGCUUCCGACGGCGGGUCGCCGGCGAACACUCGCGGCCUACGGCCGUCUCGCCCUGAAUCAUCUAGGAAACACUUGCUACUAAGACGGUAAAUAAGUCACACCUUGUAAUCAGCAUAACUUAUUUGCAUUAAAGGGAAAGAAAAAAGGAUUUGUAGUGCAAGUAAUAUAUUUUCUUUUGUGUUUGGCCACGUAAAAUCCAAUGUCCCGCUAACCAAUGCAAAUAAAUACCAUAAUAAACCAUAUACCAAAAGCAGCAGAUCUUGAGAAAUGCUUUUUUGUUUCCUUCGUUAUCCCAUAUCCUGCUUAAACGCAAAAGAUUAACUUUUAAUUGUUUUUAUGACGGUCAAUGUUAACCUUAAGAAUAUAUUCUUAUUAAUGUAUGAUAUUAUUCGAGAAAAGUUUUCAGGAAAAAUAUAAUUUCGGAAAAGAAAAUAUCGGGAAAACGGGGCAAAGAGAUGGAACAGUCUAUUCGGGAGGGUUGUACUACGCGUAACGCUGCUAUAUAGACAGUAGGAUCUUUACACUGACUUCGUAAUUAUCCUGUACCCCAAUUACCGAUUGCGAAAUCUGUCGAUAAAGAACGGUCAAGUCUUAUGAAGUUUAUCCAAGGCUUUGCUUUGUACUACGCGUGAAGGUUUUUUAGGAAAAUAGUGCAUUCUGGAAAAUGGAAAAUCGUUUUCGGGGAAAAAUCUCUUCUGCAGAUUGAUAUAUUCCGCAAGAUGAUUUUCACCAAAAUGCGAAAAGUGGUUCCAUUUAUUAAAUUUUUCGGAGAAUAAUCUAUUCUGGGGAAUGGUUUUCUGGCGAAUGGUACAUUCUGGGAAAAAUCUUUCUGGGGAAUAGUACAUUCUGGGAAAAUUUUUUCUGGGAAAUGAUACUUUCUGGGGAAUGGUUUUCGGGCAAAUUGCAUUCUGGCAAAAAAAUUCUGGGGGAUGGUUUUCGGGCAAA